AAGCAUGUUUUUUGUAAAAUCGCUGCUAUGUAUUCUUGAAGUUCUUAUUGUGUUAAUGUUUUUAAUUUUGAUUAACCUAAAGUUGUAAGCAAAAUUAAAACAGCCGACUUCUUCCUCACUUUUCUAAAUUUCAUGGUGUGUCAGUUGCUGACAUAUUACAUCCGACAAUGUGAUCAAGAUUUGCUCUUUUAACCCAAUCGUAAUAAAUGAAAAUAAAAUAAUAUGAAUACAUUCGAAAUAGACAUUCAAGUUACCAACCUAGGAGAUAAAUUUGUGACAUUGCCGUGCAAUAAGAGACCAAUGAAACAAUUAAUGCAUCCAGUACUGUUAAAACGUCUUCACGUAAUAUCAAAUUAUGGAAUAUCUAUUUACUAGCAGUCUUAAAUGCAUGUUGAUCUAUUCAACCGCUGUUUUGCUUUAUCGACCACAGAAAAUUGUUCAGUAUUCCAAUGCAGCAAUGAUGCUUAUCAAGUAACAUCGCGAAUUUACAUUGGGUUUGUAGCCAACACUUGUUGAUGUAUAACCAACUGUACAACCAGACACACCCGAAAACAUGGGACAUAAUAUUUUAGCUGAGAAAAGCACUUCUCGCAAAGUUUUUCUGAUAGUAAACGCACUUUUCGGAGGAACUGUGUGAAAUGAAUAAUCACUCAGAGGUAGCAGAUGAUAAUAGUACAAAAACCUUUUUAUGACGAAAAACAUUUAAUUAGCAAAUAUUUCUUGGGUUUAAGCCAAUAAAUAACAAAUUAAGUUAAAUAAAUUUUCUCCCUGAUCUUUGUCAGAGCAUCUUCAGAUCAUAACUAAAAACGUCUUUCAACAUGCAUGUACAAAAUGUUAAAAAAUUCUCUUGAUAAAAUAAAAUGUAUAAAAAUCUUUAUUAACAAUAAAAGUCGUUAAAAAUUAUAGUAUGUUUUCCCAAAUUUCAGAUAAUCGUCUUAUUUCAUCUUUUUUGUUCAAUAAAUCCGAUUUGUGUUGUUUAAUCGCUAAUGCCUCUUUAAAUUUUCUUUUAUUAAAAUUGUUUUCUCAUAGAGAAUUUCUAUUUUCUCAAAGUUCAUUUCGUGUUUUGUUUCUUUUAUGUGUUUGGACAUUCCAGAGACGUUUUUUUUAUCGUUUUUUGCGCCAUUUUUGUGUUCUUUUAUUCGUGUUGUCAACUUCUUUCCUGUUUCUCCUAUGUAAUAUUUUCCACAAUCUCCACACGUUACUUUAUAUACAACACCUGAUUCAUUGUCUUGGUUUCCGUUUUUCAAUAUUUUGUUGCCUUUUACAACAUUUUUUAGCGCUUUGUUUUUCGUAUGUGUUAAUUUUACAUUAAAUUUCUUGCAUACUCUGGCGAUUUGUUCUGAGAUGCCUUUUUCAUAGGGUAAAAAACAAUCGAAUUGAAUUUGUGUCGUCAUCUGUCUGGUUUCUUCCAUUACAUUUUUUGUUUAAUGUUUCUUUUAUCGUUUUUGUUACGAUGUUCUUGGGAAACUCAUUUCAUUGCAUAGAAACUCAUUUAAUUGCACUUUUAAAACAAAUGUUAAUAAAGAAGCCUUAGUACGUCUCGUGAAAAUCUCAGUUGAAUUUAUGACCUUCAAAAUAGGAAACAAAUUCUACAACCAGGCGGAUGGUCUCUUCAUUGGAUCACCUGCGUCGCCAUGUUUUGCCGAAAUCUACAUUCAAGGAAUAGAAGAAAAGAGUAUCUACUCAAUGUUACACGCACCAAGAAUUUGGCUAAGAAAAGUAGACGAUACUUUCACUGUUACAAAGCAUAAAACCGAGGACACCUUAAAUGAGCUAAAUAACAUUCAUUCAAAGGUAAAAUUCACAGCGGAUGAAGAAAAGGAUGACCAGAUCCCAUUUUUGGAUUGUUUAAUAAUGAGAAAAGACCUACGCAUACGGGACAAUACACUAAUUAUACGUCAAACCAACCUUUACACGUAAAAUUAUCGAUAAUUAAAACUUUAACGAGAAGAGCAAAAACCAUUUGCACAGAAGAAACAGACCUCAAAGAAGAAUUGAAUUAUAUACAAAAAACUAUGCAAUUAAAUGAGUUUCCCAAGAACAUCGUAACAAAAACGAUAAAAGAAACAUUAAACAAAAAAUGUAAUGGAAGAAACCAGACAGAUGACGACACAAAUUCAAUUCGACUGUUUUUACCCUAUGAAAAAGGCAUCUCAGAACAAAUCGCCAGAGUAUGCAAGAAAUUUAAUGUAAAAUUAACACAUACGAAAAACAAAGCGCUAAAAAAUGUUGUAAAAGGCAACAAAAUAUUGAAAAACGGAAACCAAGACAAUGAAUCAGGUGUUGUAUAUAAAGUAACGUGUGGAGAUUGUGGAAAAUAUUACAUCGGAGAAACAGGAAGGAAGUUGACAACACGAAUAAAAGAACACAAAAAUGGCGCAAAAAACGAUAAAGAAAACGUCUCUGGAAUGUCCAAACACAUAAAAGAAACAAAACACGAAAUGAACUUUGAGAAAAUAGAAAUUCUCUAUAGGGAAAACAAUUUUAAUAAAAGAAAAUUUAAAGAGGCAUUAGCGAUUAAACAACACAAAUCGGAUUUAUUGAACAAAAAAGAUGAAAUAAGACGAUUAUCUGAAAUUUGGGAAAACAUACUAUAAUUUUUAACGACUUUUAUUGUUAAUAAACGAUUUUUAUACAUUUUAUUUUAUCAAGAGAAUUUUUUAACAUUUUGUACAUGCAUGUUGAAAGACGUUUUUAGUUAUGAUCUGAAGAUGCUCUGACAAAGAUCAGGGAGAAAAUUUAUCAAACUUAAUUUGUUAUUUAUUGCCUUAAACCCAAGAAAUAUUUGCUAAUUAACUAUGAAAAGGCAAACCUAUAAAGAAUUCAUGAAAAACAUUUAUUGAUAUCACAUUUUUUAUUCAUGACUUUCUUGUCUGUUAAAAAAAAAAAAAUAUAUCCGUCUGCUAUCAUUCAUUAGUACAAAACAAGCAGAGAAUAUAACAAUUUUUUUGUGAUGUUUGAUGAAAAGCUGUAGUUGGAAACAGCAUUCUCUAUUUAGGUUUCUGUUAAACCAUGUGCGAAAAUUAAAUAGCAGAGACAAAAUGUGUAAUGUGUUAAAUUACAUUCUUGAUUGUACAAUUAUUCUAUUUACACAUCUUAAAAUAAUUAGAAAUUUAUCGCCUGUUUUAAGUAGAAUAUUGCAUUAGGCAAUAAGAAACAUAAAUUGUGGUUGCUUGUCUGGUGUAGAAAUGUUUCUCUCAGGGCUGAGAGAAGAAAAAAAAUGGACCUCUAUUCGUUGGAUUUUAAUUUUAAUUCCACGAUGCAUUCUACUCUCUCAAGUCUUUUCCUUAUAAGAGAGUAAGACUGUUCCAAAUUAGUGGAAAGACCCAAUAUUGUCUGGUAUUUGUAAAGAAAUCUUGCUUCAAUUGUCAAUAGCACUUCCGAAGCUUUUCUAUUUAUGGCUAAAAAUAUAUUAAAAAUUAUUAGAAAUAGUAUGAACUUCUUAAUUCAUAAUCUUCUUAAUCCAUACUUUUUUCAACAAUAUCAACAACAUUCUAUUAUGUUUUUUGUGUUUGUUUGUUCUGCCUGCUUUAAUAAAUAUGGCUUGAAAACUUGAAAAUAUGAAAGUUAUUAUUCUAAAGUUAAAACCGUAUUAUACAUAUGUUGACUUAAGUACUACUCAUGCCGAUACAAAGAGUUCUGCCGAAGAGGUGUUCGACAGUAUGUGAACACCUUCACACACAUGCAAGUAGGUUAAAGUGUGCUAGCAAUAUCUUGACAGUAAAAAAUUUAGUGGAGAGUGACUUUGGCAGAGUUGGCGGAAUUUAAUUUGGAAAAUUACAAAAUAAAUAAUUUUGGUAUGCUUUUGAAAUUGAAAAAAGGAACGUUUUUUGCGAUAUCAACCAUGUAAACUUAGGUAAAAAGAAUGUCAGAGGUCAUUGAAUACUAAAAUUAAAAACUUAGCCACAGGUGGAUGUUGGAAAAAAUUAAUUUUGGCAGGAAUUUAUUACAGUAUUCUUUCGAAUUAACGGACACUUUAAAAGGCAGACACCUCUGAUUAGUGGACACUUUGUCCAUGCACCGCCCGUUUUCUGGACAAAGUCUCAUAAAAAAACUUUCUAAUUAGCGGAGACUUAACUGGCGGACACUCUGAUUAGCGGAAAAAAGUUUGAAACGAAAUGGCAACUAUAGGUUUUUUUUCUCUCCAAUUAGCGGACAGUCCAAAAAUUAGGGAUCAGCCUACAAAAAUAAUGAAAAAGUGAAUAAUUUUGAAAUAUUUAUUUUAAACACUUUGAAACUUUACAAGAAAUGUCUUAGCCUCAAUUUUCUUCGCAAACCAGUCAAUCAACUUUUGUUGUCCAUAAAAAUUAAAUAUAAAUGGUAUUUCCAGACCGUAUCCACCUCCACGAUUAACCCUCUUUCCACAAACCUCAGCUGUUAUCGAAGUGUUCGGGAAUUUCAAGAACAUGAAACAUAUUUUGAUGAGAGCGAUAACGAUUGUGAGAAUGAUGACAUUGAAGAGAAGAUCACCACGCAUGAAGCGCUGACCAUGAUUUAUAGAUUAAUAAACUUGAAAUAUUUCAAUAUAGAAGAAAGAACUUCUUUAUCAAUCGGUAUUCACAGGGAAACUUAACGCAAGCAGCAGCGUUACUUUUUAGUGCAAAUACGUUCAAACGAAUGGCUAAAUAUUUCAACCUUGCAAGCAUUCAAUGGAUAACUAAAACUAGUUAUUACACAAUUCAAAGAAAAUUCUUAGCAGGAGUAGUGCAUAAAAAUUAUUCUAGAAUGAACACAAAAUUAAUAAUUGAAAUAAAAAUUAAUGGGUCCAAGUCAUCUCAGUGGCGAUGGAAGAUGUGACAGCCCUGGCCACAAUGCAAAAUAUCUAACUUAUUCACUAAUGAACCAGAAGACCAAUGAAAUUAUUGCAUUAUCAAUCACUCAGGUGUCUGAAGCAGGGAAUUCUUACAGAAUGGAAAACACUAGGGUUUACUAAAGCUCUUACGUACUUGAAGAGUCAAAACACUGUAAUAGAACAGAUAACAACAGAUAGGCAUAAACAAAUACGAAAGUAUAUAAGAGAAGAACAACCUGAUAUUAUCCAUCAAUUUGACAUUUGGCACUUUUGCAAAAACAUUAAAGCAAAACUUGUAGCUGCCAGCAAAAAUUCUUCCUGCAACAUUAUCCAGAAAUGGAUAAAAUCUAUUUGUAAUCAUCUAUGGUGGGCGUGUGCUACUUGUAAUGAAGACGAGGAGCUUUUGCGUGAAAAAUGGAUAAGUGUUUUAUUUCAUAUCCAAAACAAGCACAAAUGGACAGGCAGUAAUAAGUUCACGAAAUGUGAGCAGCCUCCUUUGCCAAGAAAAAAAGCAAAAGCUAAAGAAUGGAUUAAAGCAAAUUCCGACGCAUUUCUUGCUUUGCAGUCAAUAGUUUUAAAUAAAACGCUAUUAGCGGACUUAAAACAUCUUACAAGAUUUUCUCACACAGGUACAUUGGAAGUGUACCAUUCUUUGUACAAUAAAUGGGCACCAAAAAGUCAACAUUUUUCACAUCUUGGAAUGAUCACUAGAAGCCAGUUGGCAGUUUUAGAUUUUAACAAAGGUAGCAACUUGGAACAAGCAACUACAAGUGGAGGAGAAAAAAGAUAUAAUGUUAAUUUUUCCAAAAUCACUGGAACAUGGUCAUCAAAACCAAUUAAAGCUGAUAAAAACAAUUCAUAUUUGCACAAAAUGGUUGAACAGACCCUUGAAUGCACUUCAAACGGAUUGACACUAGAGCUUCCAAAAGUGCCACAAAACCUGCCAAAGAACAUUGCUAAAACUCCCAAGCCGAACAAAAAGGAGCUGAUCACAAACCAGGUCUCCAGAUUUCAGAAAUAAAACUAUUUUUUUCUAGACAUUUAUAUUUAAUUCACCAUAUUAAAUAUAAAGAUGACACAAGUCUUAAAUUUCCAUGUUAGUCUUUCUUUCCUUCGGAGUAAGGAACAUAAUUAUUAUCAAGCUCUGGAUAUAAGUUUCGUAUUUCCCACAAGGCACAAGACGGAAUAACACGUCGAUUUCCUUUCCCCAAAUGUUGGUACAGCCACCAUGUAAACUGUUUGUAUGCAGCAUAUCGCAUUGACCUAUUUUUUAUGUUUUCUUCUAAAUGGUCUCCUUUUGAUUCGUGUAAUCCAACAAGAAGAUUUUUUAAAACGUCUGCAUUCAAACAGAGUGUCUUAAAUUAUUCUAAUUGUGUUACACAUAGUUGCUGUUCAAUUUUGUCUUGCAAAGCCCCAACUUCUUGGCAACACAAACAAUCAAUAUCUCUUUGCUCUACUUUACAUUUUCCACAGGUGCACCACUCUGUAUUUCCAGUUCUUGUCUUUUCUUCUGCUGAAACUUCAUCAUUAGUUAAAUCUAAAAAUUCUUCCUCGUCUGAAGCUGCCGACUCAGAGGAAGAGAUAUCUAUUUCUGGUUCAAAAAGAUAUGGUUUCAACGCCUUCAUCAUUCCUUCCAUUUCUUCAACAUCUUCAUCUUCACUUUCUUGUUCAAAAAAUAUUUCAUCAUUUGAAAAAUUUUCUGAGUCAGACAUUUUUUAAGUAUAGUUUAAGUGUGGGUUGUUUUCUGUUUUUAAACUCUUUUCAGCACAUUUCUUUCUUAAACAUUAACACAUAUGCCUCAAUGACGUCAGAAAAAAAGGCUCAAAAAAUAGCUUAUGAAAUUGGUUCAAAAGAUCUAUUGUUAUGAAUUAUUUAUUACUUUAGUAAAAGUUUUUUUGUUUUCUUUACGUUAACAAAAUCAGUUACACAUGAAUUUAAAAAAAAAUUUUUUUAACUGAACCACUCCUUUAAAGGCAGUCUUGAAAUUAUUUGAGUCAGGAAAGGAAAGUCAGGAAUCUAUUAAAAAAAAAUUUUUUUCAAGUAAAGUUUUUUUAAAAAAUCUUUUCGUUAAUUUAGUUGAUAUUAUGAUGUUGAUAUUUGUUUGUUAUUUUAAAAAAAGUUAUAUUACGUUCAAUUUAGUUGUUUCUUCUUUUUUCGUGUCUAUGUCCAGCACGGUACCUGCUAAUUUUUCAAGUUACAUAUUUCAUAUACAAAAUUGCAUUUUCUUAAAAUUUUGAUCUUACAUUGCAAAACUUUCUAAAAGGCGGACACCUCUAAUUAGCGGACACUUUGUUCAUGCACUAACGUUGUCCGCUAAUUAGAGAGAAUAUUGUAGUUUAGUUUUCUUUCUGCCAAUUUUUUUUCCUUAACAGUACCGCAUGCAAAAUGCUAAAUUUGAUAAGACACUGACACCUGAAAGCGCACAGAAAAUACUGAGCGUGUGUUCAUUUCCUGCCAAAACCUGGAUACACACCAUGUUAUUGCUUAAUUAAAGAUAUUAAGGGCUAGGUACACGGUAUAUUUGAUUUGAUGUACUUAUUUUCUGAAUACAAUUUUUUAAACGUUUUUUUUUCUGUAUGUGUACACAAUACGACUAAAAGAACAUAUGCAACAAUUGAAUAGUAAAAUAAGAUUAAAAAACUCAAAAGGAGGGGGAGGGACAAAACAGACGUAAAACUAAAACUAAAGAUCUUCAUAAUCGUUGAAAUCCGAAGUUCUUUUCAUUCUUAUCUUUAUAUUUCAGGCUUAUAAUAUCCAAAAGAGCUUCUUUUUGAAACUCUAAAUUAAAAUGUUCAGUCUUAACUAUCUCUGUCUCCUUUUUAUCCAUAUCCAAUUUUAUGUACUAAAAAAAAUGUUAAAGGCCUUCUCACUUGCUGCAAUUGAUUUUACAGCGCUGAUUGGUUAAAAGUUUGUGUGCAGCCGUAGUAGAAUUUGAACAUGUUUAAACUUUUUUUGUGGCAUGUAACUUAACUGGUACUUUUUGUAGCAAUUCUAGGUGUUUACACACUUGUCACCUACUUCACUUACCCUUUACUCUGUAAUUAGUUAGUUACUGAUGAAUUACAGUAUUUCCCUGCCUUCAAGACUCUCCAUCUAUAAACUAGACGACUUACUGUAUCACUCAGUUGAAUAUUCAUCCUUUUACAUAUUUGCCUUAAGUGAUUAUAGUUUGGUAAUGUAACAGAAAAGAAACUUUACCUUGCAGAGUCUAUUUGACAAUUAGCUAGAGGCGUAAAAUUGGAAUGCAAAUGUCAAAAGUAUAACUGCAAAAUAAUACUUUAUAGCUUACUCCAGUAAUUUUAUAGAUGGAUUUCUUUGUUGAGCUAGUUUCGACAGUCUAUAACAGCUGUGUGGCAGGCAAAAAGAUGUGCCCUUAAUUAAAGCAAGGUCCUAUUGUAUCUAUAUUCUUUACACAAAUAUAUUGUUGGGCUUGGAUGAAAAUGAACAUAUGAAUCAGAAGGAUGCAAAUCUACCUAUACUCAAUAGUGCAAAGCAUCAACAACAAUUCUCUGACUAGAAAGCUGCUGAAAAGACCUAUUUUUUAGCAAGCCAAAGCAAUUCUAGGUAGCUAGGUACCACUAAAAACCUGUGAAAAAAAGAUUUUUUCGCUGAUCGAAAUCUUGCGUUUCGUGUUGUGUUACUUGAUUUCAUGUAAACAAAAAAUACUUUUUAUCCCAGGCUGUCAAAUCCGACGCGAAUCCGCGAAUCUGAUUCGCGUGUCGACUCUCGUUACCUCUGAUACCGCGAAUCCAAUCACAUUCGCGCAAUUAAUAACAUUAGUCACCAUAUUUCUACUCUGUUUCUACUCUUCCAAUAUUGGUGAAUCUACGAACAAAUACUUCGUUCGCUGCUAACAUAGUCAUAAGAAACAGAGAUAGUCUGGAGACUCAUCGCAAACUCGAUUUGAAAUCGUGUCCCUUGCUGUAUUAGUACCCAGACAACUUUUGAGGGCAUUAAAAUGGAAACAACGCGGAAACUUUCUUCAACUAAGGCUUCAUUCACAAGUAAAUUCGUUUGUUUUGGUGAAAAUGCCUGGGGCAAAUUGCUCGAUUUAUGGGUGUAAUGUUUCCAGAAAGACCCCAAAUACGUCUAUUUUUUGGUGUUCCGAAAGGAAACGAUGAAUAUAGUAGUUCAUGGCGUGAGAAACUCAUCCAUGUGAUAACCAAAGAUCGUGUCGUAGACCAGAAGUUAAAAGUGCAGAUUGGGAAGAGAACAUUACACAUAUGUGAACGUCAUUUUGCAAAAGAUUGCUUACUUCAACGUAAGUACAAAUGCUUUUUCCCCACAACAUUAUUUUACAACGUAUAUAUACAAAACAAUUUAGAAUUAUUGUUUAAACACAAAUAUGCAUAUUCUACAUAUUCCAUGUUCAACUUUUAGAUGAUACAAAGAGAACGUUUAAGCCUGGCUCAACCCCAACAUUGAACUUGCCACAGAAUAGUGUUGCUUCUUCAACAAGCACUGGUCCAAGUGCUUCAACAGAUAGCAUUUUUGAGAAAAGAAAUGAAAUUGAACCUCAAGAAAAAGCUUACAAGCCACAGUACACUUCACUUCAGAAUUUUGUUUCACGGAUCAAAUCUUUAAAGCUACCUGAUUUUUGGAAAAUUGAGAAGAGUAACAGUGUCUAUGCACUUAUUGUGAAACAAAAUGAUGAUUUUAUGAUACCAAAUAUGUUGUUGAAGAUCUAUCUUUCACUAUCGGAAUAUUAACAUGGUGUUUACACAGAGAGCAUGAAAUAUAUAAAAAUAACAACAAAUCAAUGAAUAAUAUAACAUUGUCCCAGCUUAUACACUUGUUGUCAGAUUUUAACAAAUGUCCAGGAAUUGCACAGCAGCAGCUACCUAAAGAAGCACUUGGUUCCACGAACAUUUGUAGUGCAUAAACAUGCAGAAGUUCCUUUACAUCAAACUGUAUACCACAGGUGUUUUGACUGUUUUGGUUUGGUAAAGGGUGAUAGUUGUUGUGUUAAUUGUAGCAAGGCAGCAACUAAGGCACGAAAAGCUUCAAAACGAAAGUCUAACAUGUUGACCGAGCCAGCAAAAUCCAAUGCUCCAAUUUCACUUACAUCUCCGGAACGAAUAAAAUUAACUUUGCAAAAUAUCGUGUGGAGAAUAAACAGGCGAAAUUCAGAAGUUACAGGAUGAAAUCGCAACAUCAGCUAUUCCAAUCACUACAGAUCUCUGCAAUGAUUUGGUAUCUAUUAUGUCUAAUGCUGAUAUUUCCAAAAUACCAUCUUUUAUGAAGUUUUUCUGAAAAUAUGCACAAUUUGCCAAAACUGGGGCUCGUUACCAUCCCUACUGUCUAUCAUUGGCACCUGCUGCAUACGAUGAGAUUAGACAUGAUAGCCAGACCGGCACAGGCUUUGUUAUACUUCCAAGUCGCAGACGCUUGCGAGAUUAUAAAAAUUACAUGCGUCCAGAACGUGGAUUCAACAAAAACUAUAAAUCUAGGUAAAUAGGUUACUAACUAACAACUGAUUUUUUAAAACUUCUUUUUCUAGCUAAUAGUGUAGUCUACCACACGAUCUCAGCAAAUCCACCUCAACUUUGCUUUUCCAAAUUCUAAGAUUUACUUUUCUUUCAUCUCUACUUAAAAUUUACUUGAACAAAAAUAAAGGACAUGUUACAACACACAAAAUAAAUGGUUUUUCCAAUAUUUGUACAUAUAGUAAGCAACCUACUUCGUUUGUUCGUCUCCUGAACUUGAAAAAACUUUUUACGUUUGUUUUGAUCGUCAGGGGAAACUUGGAAAGAAAACACGUGAUCAAAAUAAAAUUGCUUUAUUUUGAUCACGUGGUUUGGUUUAUCCAAUUAAAUUUUUUAUUUGAUCACGUAAACGUAAACAAACAAACAAAACUCGCGGCUUUUCUCGACAAAGAAGACAUAUUUUUUUUCGGUAACAUCAAAGAUUUUUUUUCGGCAACAUAAAAAAAUGAACACAUCCACUUUGCCUGUUACAGACGCAAGGAACUGGCGUACUAUUAUAUAGAUUAUAAGGGAAUAGUCGAUAAAGUCCGUGGAAAAAUCCACUUGGGCAGGAUAACAAUGAAAAAGAACCGUCAUUUGAAUUUUGAUGACGUCAACAACCUAUCCAUAAAGAAAAUAAUUUAGAAACUUAUUUUUACGUUUGCCUCCAUUGUGUAGAGCUUAAAGCACUGAAAUUGUACCUUAGGUGGAUAAAUUUUGGCGAGGAUUAAAUUAAAAACCCGCCAAAAUUAACAUAAUUUACCGAUGUAGCUGCAAAAGAUAAUGUACCAAAAGUCACUUUGUCAACUUGGGUCAAGAACAAAGAGAAACUUAUGGGCUCACUAGACAACGAAGCCAACGCUAAAGACAAAAGUUGAGAACAGGUAGCUUUGAAGUGGUAGAAAAGGCUCUUUUGAACUGGUUUAAGAACAUGCGAUGUCAAAAAGUCCCAUUAUCUGCAGCCAUGAUCCACGAGAAAGCGAUUACAUCAGAUGGCUGGCUAUGGCACUGGAAGGAACGAAACCACAUUGCAUUCAAGACCGUAUCAGGUGAAUCAAAAUCAGUUACACCAGACAUAGUCGCCCGUUGUGGGAAACUUCUCUUCUUAUUUUUUUUAUCAAACUGCGAGCCCAAAGACAUUUAUAAUUGGUGGAAAGUUGAUUAAAAUUGGCAUUACUGUGUUGGCACUAGCUAAUGCAGUUGAAGAAAAGUUACCGAUUUUCAUUAUUGAAAAGGCCAAUAAUCCACGAUGCUUCAAGAACGUCAAGUUUUUACCAUGUCACUACAGAAAUCAACGCAAAAGCUGAAUGGAUUGCGAUUUGUUUAAAGAGUGGGUCAGAGUCAUGGGCAAGAAAUUUUAUACUGAAGGAAGACAAGUUGCAUUGAUUAUCGACAAUUGCCUAGCAAAAGUCUUUCGAAAGUCUUAAGGUGUCAAUUGAAAGCCAAAGAUGAUAACCCUUUUAAAGAAUUUGAAGAAGAAAUUGAGAAUUUUCGUGCAACCAACCUGAUCUUGUUUGGAGUUGUAACUGUAUAUCCGAUUUUCUUCUCAGACGAUGGAUAAGGAUAUUGUUAUCAAGGCAAAAAGUACAAAAACACGUCACUGGCAAAGCACUUUUGGCAUUUCACCACAUGGUAUGGGCUUAUUAUUCAGUGAUUAUGCCUAGAAUCAAUUUCAGACUCAGAAAUUACUGCGAAAACUGGUAUUCUGGAUUUUUUACAAGAAGAACACGAGGUUUAUGUCGGACAAAGGCUUUACAAUUAAAGGACUAUGUACAAAUAAAGGUGUAACGCUUACUGACCGAAACAAAAAAAAUCCUUUAUUUAAGACAAUUUUAACAUUGCUUUUACGCGUACACGUUGACAGAUUUAUAGGCCGUGUGCGAGAAUGGACUAUAUUGAACAAUGUUUGGCCAAUAAACAAAAUGGAUCUCCUUAGCUCUACUUGGACAAUGCUUUGCGAUAUUGUAAAUAAAACAAUGCCUCCAAUUGGCCCUAAAGAGUAGUGUGAUCUGUUAUUGUCAUAUUUCUUUAAACAGUGCUUAAAACAUAAUACUAUUGUAUAUGCAUAAUACUCUUUCCAGAUGGAUGUAUUUUUUCUAUUAAAGUUUGUUUUUGUAUAUAUAUUUAGUUUCUAAGGAAUAAUUUUUUUGAACAAGCCAUAAAGUAUUAAAAUCCAUAUUGUCUAAAGUUCAACAGUUUGUACUGAUUUAGGGCAAGUCCUAAGUGAUUUUAAUGCUCCAAAGAUUAGAUUUUUUUCUAAGAGUGCUUUUGCAAGUUAUUCCAAAACUCUUGUAUCUGUGUAUGGCAUAUACAUAUCAUAUAUUUUUGAUCCUUUAUAAUACAGUCGCAAAUAAGUGCGAUAAUGUCUAAAAGCUGAUCAUUCCCUACCUAGCCGUCUAUGCUCUCACCAUCUACGUUUGUAGCCAAAAUCUAGUAUUCGGUUUGUUUAUGAUUUAUACAUAUAUUUAGAAAACGUGACAUGUAGAAACAUAUUAGACAAAAUUUGUCAACAAAGUUUGACCUGCAAACCACAUAUUUAAAUGGCUGUUGUAACUCUGGUCGUUUUAUCUUUCUUCGUAUGUAUGUAAUGUAAAAAAUAUAGCAAAGGCGCUAUCCUCGUGGUAAUCCAUUAGAUGUUCGGUCUUUUGUUUAUAAUCCAAUAAUAUUGGUGAUAUUGGUUGUUAAAUUGUAGAUACUAGCUAAAUUGCGAGAUCGUCAGUUGAUUACCACCGUCAUCAGAAUUUUCAGCCCUGAGUAUGGACUAAUCAAUAAUUCCUCGUGGUAGCAGGCCAUGCUUUAUCAAGCAUUCUCUAUCAGUUAGGCCGCAAAGAUUGGUUUAUAAAAAUCGCGCGAGCGAUCAUAAAGUCGGUAAAAGAAUAUCGCAUUUGUUUUUGACCCGCUCUUUGCCGACAGCUAGAAUGCGACUAUUAUUAAUAUAGAGACUUGUCGGAAAAACUGUCAAAAUUAUGUGUACUCUAUGCUGGUACCGAAAUGAAGCUGCGAAAAAUACGGGUUUAAAAAAGGAAAUAAUUGUAGUCAAAUUAUUAUAUGGUCUUUAUGGUGUGGUCAGCAUAUCUUACGCUUAAUUUGUUUAUAAUUUAAUCAUACUAACAAUCAAUCUAUAAAAUAGAUAUUAAUAUUUUGUUAUUACAGCUUUACAAUUUUGGAGAAACAGUAUCUAUAGUGAUGUGGUCAGAAAA